CUCCUCCUCCUCCCUCAUUACCUGUUACCUGAAAGCUGGGAGGUGAAGUAAUUUGAGACCGGCCUCUCUAAGGCUGUCUCCAGACGGUGACAUUUACAUUCCUCAGAGACUGCAGCAAGGCGGAAGAGGGAGAUCCCGUCCUGAUUCAGCUGAAAGGACUUGCAUGCCUGUGAAACAACUUAUUUUUCUUUCAUGUUUUUCUUCUGUGACACGUCGGCUGCUUUCUUUGUAUUGUGGAUUUUUGUUUCUUCUAAUUUGUACUUGGCUCCUAAUUGGUGUCGAGCUGGAGCGGAACAGAGAUCUUUUCAUAACUAUCAUACUGGUCAUUGCUGACAAACUCUGUGUCAUAUGUAUGCGAUUAAGCUGCCAGGCAACUUAGUAAGCUCCUGUUUAAAAAGCAGGAAGCAGGAGGCUUCAGGCCGGUUCUCCUGUGAGUUUACAGCCCUGAUACAGAGCCGCUUUUAUCUGUUUCCCACAUGCUUUCUUGGAAUUACUUUUUCUUUUUUUUCCCUUUUGCUUAGCUUGACUGUACAAAUUAUUUGACAACUACUGCAGCCGCUCUUUUUGUGUACAGAGACCAAAAACAGACAUUGUUUUUACUUUCUAAAUAAUUUUGCAGCCAGGAAUGCUGCAUGUGAAUCUGUAGACUUCUUCUUUUUUUUUUUUUUUUUAAACAUGGAAAUGGACGAAAAUAUUGCUGCAGAACCCCAAACAUCAGGCUCUUUGCCCAAAAAGGAACCGGAUGCAGGCACGUCCUUGUUGGGUAAAUUUUCCAUAAAGUCGUUUUUUGGAAUGACCACAAAGUUGGAUAAUAAAACACCCAAAGAAGAGAGUGCAGUACUGAAGUCAUUCCGUCCUCUGGAGGAUAAAGUAGAAGUACAAGCAAGCCCACCAAACGGUGAUGAAGGUGAAAGCAUCCCAGAGCAAAAUAUGCAGCAGGUCACUGUGCAGGAAGGUAACAUGGAACUUAAAGAGGAGCCUGUAAAAGAUGAACAAAUUGGCGAAAAAGAACACUCGGACGUGGAUUUAGAGAUUACAAGUGUUGUGGAUUUACACCAGGAGGAGGAGGACAUGGAUUCACAAGUCACCAGGGGUCAGGGUAAAAGUGAUGUCUCUCAGGAAGAAAACAAAGAUCAUCCACAAAUAGAUCAUCUGGGAGGGACAGAAGCACAGGUUUUACAAGAGCAAAAGGAUGAAAAAGAGGGAGUGUACACAAAGCGUCUGAAUGGUGCAGACAUUGGUGAGGAUGCAAAGUCAGACAUGCAUUCCAGCACUGACAUUGUCCCAGAUGAGACAGACUAUGACCAGGAGGAUCUGCUGGUACAUGGUACUCUAGUGCACAUCUCUAGUGAUUCAGAUUCCGACACGGAGAGCUCCAAGCAGAAUAUCUGCCAGGAAGCAACAAAGGCUCCUGUGUCCUCACAUUUAUCUGCUUCUAAUGUAUCACUAGACAAUGGUUUUAAGCAGGAGCCUGAAACACAAGAUAUUGACGAUACUGAUGCCAUAGAAACAAAAAAACAAGAUGGACUGGACUUUAAAAAGCCAGAAUCUUUGUGCCCCAAUAUGGAUGAAAAUGCCAACACCACAAAGGAACUAGAAGAGAGCAGUCCUUCAACUCCAGCAACUACCCCUGCACAAGAUACCCCAGGAGAGAAGCCAUUCCAGCUGCCAACAUUUUUUAGCAGCUUUCGUGUGCACAAGAAAGGAACCCCUGCAGAAGACAGGGAGACAGUCACCGUGAAACAAGGCGAUAGUGAUUUGGCCUUGCUAAAUCUUUCCCAGCCAGUGCAAAAAUCGAACCUUUCAAAUGUCUCACCAGUCCGGAAACGUGAAGUGAAGACACCAGUGGAGACCAAAGCAAGCUCCAAAUUUAUGGAGCAACUCUCCCAGCUUCUGAACUUUGAUGUGCCAAAGCAAGAAGAAGAGGAGGAGGAUGAAGUUCCAGAGGAAAUUGAGGAGGCUCCUAAGGAUACAGUGGGCAAAGAGAUCAAAUCGGAGUCAGCACUAGAGGCAUUUAAGUCUUUUUUUACAGGGCCACCAAAAAAAACUUUGCCAGCAGAGGAUUCUCUUGACUUAGACGCUGUGAAGCGCAAGCAGAAGAGCGAUAAGGAAUCUCUGAAGUCAAUCUUUGAAAAGGCCAGACCUAUAGAAAAUGACCAGAAUGCUGAAAGGAAAAGUCCAGACACAAGUCCCUCGGAUCCAGAAGACCGGACUCCUGGAAGACUUCAGGCAGUAUGGCCACCGCCUAAACCCAUAGAUGGGGAGGACAAGGUGGGGCUGAAAUAUACUGAAGCAGAAUACCAGGCUGCUAUAAUGCACCAGAAGAGACGGCACAAAGAGGAGGUGGAAAGUCUAAAGACACAAUUUGAAGUGGAAAUCUUCAAUGUUCGUGGAGAGCAGGCUGUCCAUGUUACAAAGCUAGAAGAGGCCAUUCAGAGCUUACAAGAGGACCUAGAGAAUCGGCUGAAUAAGGGAAAAGGUGAAAGCUGUGAUGCCUGUGUUUCUACUGAAGAUGAGAACCAGCCAAAAAACUUUCGUAGCGUUUACAUUCAGACGGACAGGGACACUUUUCUGAAACCAGGCGAGGAGGACAACAAACUUCAAAAGAGCAACCAAAUAGUUCCUAAGAAGCUGAAUAUACCAUCACUGAUUCAGAGCUUGGCGAGCCCCACAGAAUCUCAGGAAUCAUCUUUGUGUGUGCCUCUCUCACCUACCUCUUUAUCAAAUUCUAGCAGAGUUCCUCCACCACCUCCUCCUCCUCUCCCUUCUUUGGGAGGUCCUACACCACCUCCACCACCUCCUUUGCCAGGUUUUGUGCCUCUACCGCCACCUCUUCCACCCGGAUCAGGGCCGCCGCCACCACCCCCACCCCCUCUUCCAGGCUCUGGUCCCCCUCCACCAGCACCUCUGCCAGGCUCUGGUCCCCCUCCACCUCCACCUCUGCCAGGCUCUGGUCCCCCUCCACCUCCACCUCUGCCAGGCUCUGGUCCCCCUCCACCUCCACCUCUGCCAGGCUCUGGUCCCCCUCCACCUCCACCACUGCCAGGCUCUGGUCCCCCUCCACCCCCAGGCUUUGUUCCUCCACCACCUCCUGGUCCUGGCUCUUUCUUUGGGUUUUUAUUAUCCAAGGAACCCCCGCGCAAGCCCCCUGUGGAGCCCAAGUGCCCUAUGAAGCCACUCUACUGGACUCGAAUUCAGAUCAAGACCAGUAACAGUAGCCCAAAAACAAGCACACCGGGUUCCUUGUGGGAUACACUAAGGGAGCCAGAUAUUGCAGACACCAAAGAAUUUGAAGAACUGUUCUGUAAAGCCAAUGUUCAGCAGAAGAAAAAGCCUCUUUCAGAAGCCUAUGAAAAGAAAACUAAAGCAAAAAAGAUUGUUAAGCUGUUGGAUGCAAAGAGAUCGCAAGCUGUAGGCAUUCUAAUAUCAAGUUUACAUUUAGAUAUGAAGGAUAUACAGCAAGCUAUUUUAAAUGUGGACGAUUCUGUGGUGGAUCUAGAGACAUUGGAAGCCUUGUAUGAAAAUCGUGCACAAAAAGAGGAGUUGCAAACCAUCAGCAAGCACUAUGAGACUUCCACGGCAGAAGAUGUAAAGUUAUUGGACAAGCCUGAACAAUUCCUUUAUGAGCUUUCUCAAAUCCCUAAUUUUACAGAGCGGUCAAAGUGCAUCAUUUUCCAAUCAGUCUUUGCAGAGGGGAUUUGCUCAGUGCGGCGAAAAAUAGACAUAGUCAUCAGGGCAUGCAAUGGAAUCUCACAAAUGGAGAGUGUGAAGGAUAUCAUGGGUCUUAUUCUCGCCUUUGGAAACUAUAUGAAUGGAGGUAACCGAACACGCGGGCAAGCAGAUGGAUUUGGGCUAGAAAUCCUUCCUAAGCUUAAAGAUGUUAAGAGCAGGGAUAAUGGCCUUAACCUAGUCGAUUAUGUUGUUCGAUAUUAUCUUCGACAUUUUGACAACGAUGCAGGUACAGACAAGAGUAUAUUUCCAUUGCUGGAACCUCAGGAUUUCUUCCAAGCAGCACAGGUGAAAUUUGAGGACCUAGACAAAGAUUUACGAAAGUUGAGAAAAGAUCUUCAAGUGUGUGAGGAGAAUACAAAACUUGUUAUUAAAGACUCUCCAGAAGACCAUCUUCAGCCUUUCAAAGACCGAAUGACUGAGUUUAUCCAGAAAGCCAAAGAAGAACAUAAAAUAGAAGAUGGUAAUCUAAAUAAAGCCAAAAACAGCUUUGAAGAAACAGUAGGAUACUUUGGAGCUAAGCCAAAAUCUGGCGAAAAGGAAAUCGGCCCCAAUUCCUUCUUCGUGGUGUGGUAUGAAUUCUGCAGCGACUUCAAGGGCAUAUGGAAACGAGAGAGCAAAGUCCUCUCCACAGAAAGGCUCCGUCUGGCUCAGGAGUCUGUUAACAAGCUGACAGCAGAGAAGAAAGUAGAAACAAAGAAGAUUAACCCUGCAGCAAGUCUGAAAGAGAGACUACGACAGAAAGAGGCAAGUGUUAGCGGCAAUUAAUUCCACCCAACCACAGAAGGGAGUUUGCACUGAGAGUGGCUCCUACAGUCAGAAGCAAUUCUGCAAGGCAUACAGAGAAUAAUCAUAAACUGCUGGACAAUGCUGGAAAUAUGUAAAUUACUUAUAUGUGACUGAAGCUGAAAUCUUUUGUACAGAGUUUCAUGUAAAUAUACAGCUAUAUGGCCUGUUAGAGGGCUGGAUGAAUAACCUGUAUAUAUGUUAAAUGAAAGACUAAGCUUUAAGCUUGCAGAUAAGUUCCCUAUUUAAUCUGGUGCUUAACAAACUGUUGAACAUGCUCCAGACUUUUAAUAAACUUAUCUGCAGCAAUUAUUUUAUUUCUGUUACUUUUAUAGAAUGCACUUGUAUAUUAUUGUAUAGAAUAUUUGAGAUAUAUAUAAAUCUAUUUAUGUACCUGUGCAGGAUAAAAAAUAAAUCUAUUAUAUAUUUAACGCUCCUAAUGUAUUGUAUGUAAAAAUGGAUUUUUAUAGAGCCCCCCCCCCAAUGGCACCUGCUUUGUAAUCUGACUCAUGCUGGUCUAGUAGGAGGUUUGUUUGUUUUUUUGUUUUUUUUUAUCAAAUGUUAACUGAGCAGCUAAAUGCUUGCACUAGAGACCUGUUUUAGACUUUUUUUUAAGCAGAAUUUGUGGAAAGUAAUGGCAUCUUUCACAAGAAGCUUUUUGGGAUUUUAAAUGUCAGCUUGUGAAUCCCACAAAGGCCCUCUGCACCAAUCAUUAAAGUCCACAAAGGCGCUUUACUCUUCUUAACCUGUAAUAUGAAGUGGGAACCUUGCCAUGCAAGAGAGCAACCAAAACAUCUGUUUUGACUGGAAUGGGAAGGGGGGAUUUUGGUCCUUGGCCAGGUGUCCAUCUCAGGCAGAGACAUUGAUGACCUGCCCCCCCCCCCCCAUCUCCUGUUAGUCACAACAUGCUGGGUUUGACUUUUCUGCCAAGCUUUCUUUUCACCUGCCUAGAAGUUUACUAUGUAUCCCUGCGGGUUCACCACAGAGAUAUAUUGAGAAUGCAUUCGGGCCAUUGAUUGGAUCCCAAGCAAAGUUUAGCCUGUCACAGCUGGAUGGAUAGUGGGAGAGACCCCCUGUCAAGGUCUGUGGCCUAGUAAGCAAUUUGGGGAUUCAAUCUUUUUCCCGCUCUUUUCUAAACGGAACAAUCAAUUUUCAAUUAUUUGUUCUGCAAAAGAUGACUUCUGGUCAUGUUGGCAGCCACGUAUGUUGUACGAUUUGUACUUCUAAAAUCCUUUUCAAUAGUAUGAAAGAUUAAAUUUCAAUAUAAAAGCAUGCAACAGGUGAAAGUAAUAAACAUGCAUAGUUUUUGUAUUCUUUUUGUUUUAUGUGUAUGUUUUGUAUUCUCAAACGCUUGUGUGUAUUGUGUUUUAUGGUACAAUACAGGCAAAAGCAGUUGAAGGAAAUCAGUCUUCGCUUUGCACAGUGUUUGUUUUUACAGGUCUAUGCAACUGCCAGUCGCCAUAAUAUACAAUAUUUGUUAUCAUUAAUAUUCAAAAUGAAGUUCUCCACGUGGAGUAUUUUGCGAUUACUAUUCAAUAAAAUGCCUUUUUAAACUAUUUAA